AUGGCCGCGACGGAUAGCGGCGGCGCGGAGUCCACUCCGGUGAAAUCCAGCGGGUGCCCCUUCGGCCACGGCGCGAGCGUCUCCGCCGCGCCCCCGCCGGCCACCCCGACGCAGCCCCAUCACCAUCAUCAUCACGGCCCGUCCAUAUCGAACGUCGAGUCUUUCGUGGUGUCCACCGUGCCCCUCGUGCCCGGGACGCGAGACGGCCACUUCGCGCUGGCCGACCUGUGGGCGUCGUUCGAGGAGUGGAGCGCGUACGGCGUGGAGGUUCCGCUGGUGCUGGACGAGGACGACGACGGAGCCGAGGGCGACGGCGAGGUGUUCCAGUACUACGUGCCGUUCCUCUCGGGGAUCCAGAUCUUCGUCGACGCCCCCGUCGAGGACGACGACGGCGCGCGCUCGACCGCCCCGCAGAAGAUCGACGAAGACGAAGACGAAGACAAGACCAAGACGAAGGUGAGCGGCGGGUUCGGCGGGCGCACGCGCACGGGCGAGACCAUACCCGGCCGCGCGCUCAAGUUUCAGUUCAUGGAGCAGGCGUCGCCGUACAGCAGGGCGCCCCUCUCGGACACCGUCGCCUCCCUCGCCGCUUCCGACCCCGCCGUCAACACCCUCCGAUCGGAGCACCUGCACCCGAGCUCGUGGAUGAGCGUGGCGUGGUACCCGAUCUACAGGAUACCCACCGGGCGGUCGCUGCGGGACCUGAGCGCGUGUUUCCUGACGUAUCACUCGCUGUCCACCGCGCGCGGCGGUAACGCGAGAGGAGAAUGGGGGGAAAAAUCGGAAGGAGCCGGGCGGGAAGGAACCGGGGACGGCGCGGAUGGAGACGGGGAUCCCAGGAGCGCGGUGUGGAUCGACGCGGUGGGGUGCCCGCCGCCGCCGCCCAUCAGCGCGCACGGCGAGCGGGUGAUUCGGACGAGGGCGGAGAAGAUCUCAUCGGGUGCGGGCGCGGCGGGCGAGGGAGGUCGCGGGGGCACAGCUGGCGGCGGCGGCGGGGGAACGUCGUCGUCGAGUAUUUCUGAGGCUGCGUCGACGCCGACGCCGCUGCGGGCGUUCGGGCUGAGCUACUAUAAGCUCCGCGGGGAGAUGUGGCACGCCAAGGAGGUUGCGGACUGGCUGGCGAUGAUGACGGAUGGCGCGUUUUCGUGGUUGAAGCGGCUCAAGGUGAUACACCCGGACUUUGAGUUCUUCUCGCACCACGGCUGA